CUUUGGUCCUCAGAACUUUAAUUUAGUCAUCAUCAAUUGGGAACCUUCCACGCCUUGGGCUGGCCUGAAUGUUCAGAGGUCACUCUCUCACUCACUCAUGUGCCUUCCUCUCCGCUCAUCUUACUGGGUUUUAGUGCCCCAAGGAACCUGGACUGCUGGGCCCUGUGCUCCGCUGGCACAGAACAUGGGCGUCAUGGCCCAUGGCCCGAUGUGUCCACUCUCAGGAAGGCUUACUGGGGCCCCUUGGAGCCUCCCCUUCCCUUUGGCCUGGGGGAGCUGAGGCUCAGCUCCUCGAGGUCUCUCUCUUUUCAGAGGCCCUGGAGUCUUGUGCUGGGCACUGCAGGGAUUUCAGAGGAAACUGCUCCUGCCAUGUGACCUGUCCAUCCCUGAACACCUGCUGUCCUGAUUAUCUGCAGUUCUGUCUGGAGAUCUCGCCCUAUUCAGGCUCAAUAAUGGGUGGCAAAGACUUUGUGGUGCUGAGUGAGCCAUGGGUCUCCUCAGCCUCAGUGACCUCCGUGGUCUGCAGGUUUCGAGAGGCCAUCCACACUCAAGGCUAUGUGGAUGAUGAGGGCAGGAUCCAUUGUGUAUCACCCCUCCUGUACGAAAGUGGGCGGAUUCCAUUCAGCGUGUCCCUGGACGGAGGCGAGACGUUCCCUAGCUCUGGGACCUGGCUGGCAGUCCAUCCCAACAAAGUGUCAGGAUUGGACAAGAGUGAGCUGAUCAAUGAAACCAUGUGGCAGUAUUAUGGGACUCCAGGGGUCACUGGCAACCUCACCCUCUCCUGGAACAGCUCCCUGCUGCCUGAGCCCAGAGUCAACAUCGAGCUGUGGGGCUAUCAAGAAACAGGCAAGCCCUACUCUGAUGAAUGGGAGGCUGAGUGGUCGUACCUCUACACCCUCGCCAGGAACUUCCCUAACGGGAACAACUUCACCUUCACACCAAUGCCAGCCACACCCCAGUACCAGGCGUGGGAGGUGGGUGCCCUGCGCAUCUCUGGGAGCAGCCACACUGAUGGCAAGAGGGACGUGCCUGCAAUCUGGAGCAAUGAGCACGCCUUAGCCUGGCACCUUGGGGAGGAUUUCCGUCGGGAUUCUGCUGCCUGGGCCACCGCCAAGUGCAUGAACUGGGUGGCGCUGGACAAAAAGCUGCCCAACUUCCUGACAGAGUUGAUGGAUUGCCCCUGCACCCUGGCCCAGGCUCGGGCUGACACCGGGCGGUUCUUUACCGAUUAUGGCUGUGAUAUCGAGCAGAAAAGUGUGUGCACGUAUCACCCAGGGGCCGUGCACUGCGUGCGGAGCGUACAGGGGAGUCCCCGCUACGCCUCGGGUCAGCAAUGCUGCUACUCGGCGUCGGGGACACAGGUGCUGACGUGGGACACGUCGAGCGGAAGCACGCCAGACCGUGGCCAUGACUGGGGCACAUACCCCUACAGGCGCCCUCCUCGGGUGCCUGGCCUCUCCCACUGGAUGUAUGACGUCAUCACCUUCUACUACUGCUGCUUGUGGUCCCAGAACUGCAAGCUCUACUUAGAUAUGCGGCCCUCAAGUGACUGCCACACAUACAGUCCUCCUCACCUGGCCUCGGCCUUUGGAGACCCUCACUUCCUUACGUUUGACGGCGUUCACUUCACAUUCAAUGGCCUUGGAGAGUACGUUCUGGUGCAGUCUGACCUCACCAAGCUGAUGGUGCAGGGCAGGACCCAGCCACCCUUGACAUCCAGUGGUGCCCAGGCCAAUGCUACAGGCCUCUCAGCAGUGGUGGUGAAGGAGAAUGCCUCGGAUGUAGUGGAGGCCCGGCUCGGGGGUCCAACUGGGAGGACUCUGCAGGUGUUGCUGAAUCAGGAGAUCCUGAACUUCAGUGAGCAGAGAUGGGUAGACCUGAAAGGCAUGUUCCUGGCGGUGUCUGGGGACCGGAACGUGUCGGUGAUGCUGAGCUCAGGGGCUGGUGUGGAAGUCCAGGCCCACGAACACUUCUUGAGUGUGAACAUCCUUCUUCCUGAGGAAUUCCUCAAUCACACUCAGGGCCUCCUGGGCACCCUGAACAACAUCCCGUCUGAUGACUUCACCCUGAGGAAUGAGACGGUCCUGCCCCCUGAAAUCACUUCUGAGCCCCACAAGCUGUUUGAAUUUGGAGCUGACUGGGCCAUUCGGAAUGACUCUUCCCUGUUUACCUACGAUUCUCCCACUCUGGUGGACAACUACUUACGCCCGCCCAAACACGACUCCGCCUUCCUGCCUGUGUUCACACAGGGGCCCCUGACACCCCAAGUAGCCAGCCUCUGUGGGGGCGACCUCUUCUGUCAGUUUGAUGCCCUUGUCACUGGGAGUCUGGACAUUGGCAAUGCCACAAGGGUAGCCCACCUGCAGCACCAGCAUCUGCAACAGAGCCUGCAACCAGUGGUGUCCUGCGGCUGGCUUUCUGCACCAGAGUAUGGGAAGAAAAAUGGAACCAGCUACCUGGAGGGCUCCACUGUCAAGUUCAGCUGUGAACCAGGCUAUAAGCUAAGAGGCUCCCAGGAGCAAACCUGCCAGCCCAAUGGGCAGUGGUCAGGAGUCUGGCCGCAGUGCAAGCCAGAUCAUACCGUGCUACUGGGAGUCAUCUUUGGUGUGCUAUUGGUGGUGGCUCUGGCUGUCCUGGGCUACGUGAUGCUGAAAAAGAGGAGAAGGAGGAUGUAGGGCAUCUUGCAGACAUGGAUUCCAUCCCACACCUGAGUAUUGUGCCCACCUGGGGACUCAUUCCUCACUGGGGUGCUCAUCCCUCACUGGGGGCUCAUCCCCCACCUGAUUACCCCUGUCCACCAGGGUGCUUAUCCCCCACCUAGGGGCCCAGCCCCCACCUCGAUGCCUAUUUCUUACCUGGACGGCCAGCCCUAACAUGACGCAUAUUCCCCACCUGGAUGUCUACCCUUCCCCCGCCCCAGUCCUUCUCUUUAUGGUAUUUAUCUCCAGUAUUGCAACCCCGCUCCUGACACGGACAUCCAUCACCAGCCUUGUAUCUGUUCCUAGCCUGGCAUCCAUCCUUCGCCUGGGCAGCCAUCCUCAGCCUUGCGUGCACCCCUAACAUGGUAGUCAUCCCCAAUUUAGCUGUCUGUCCCUCAUGUGGCAUUCAUCCCCGAUGUGGGGUUCAACUCCAACAUGGUGUCCAUCCAUCCCCCGCCUGGUGCUUGUCCCCAAGAUGAUGCCAUUCACCAAUCCCCAACACUGCCCCGCAGGAAGGAGCUGGACUCUUUCUGAGUCUCCUUCAGGAGUGAGAAGACUUCCCCUUCACCCCAGAGGAGGCAGGGGCCCCUGCACCGAGCAUGCUAGGGCUGUGCCCUCUCUUUCUCCCGAGGAGGAGGGAGUGGGGAGCUGAGACAGUCCCUCAACUUGGGAAGGACCCCUCCCCCCUACCCCUGCCAGGCUCUGCUAUUUUGAGCUGUUCUUCCUGGGAGGGCCUGGAAUGUGUUGGAACUGCACAGUCUCAGUGGAGAGCCAUGAUUCCGUUCAUUGAUUUUUUUAAAAAUAAAGAUAUUCCACAGUCACCA